GUGGAGCGGUGCCUUUGCGAGGCAGGACGAGACAAAAAAAGUGAAUGUGGUGGAGAGAGAGAAGAGAGAGAGAAAGCGAGAGAGAGAGAAAGCGAGAGAGAGAGAAAGAGAGAGAGCGAUCAGAAACGUGCAUGAAACAGAGUAAGCAAGGGAGGAGAGGGGAGAAAGGAAGAGAGAAUUUGCUGAAUGGAAGCAUUUUUGUUGGAUGGGAGAAAAACAACCAUGGAAACUCCAUCAGAAGAAAACCAAGACCAGAGGCAGGACAAAAGAGGUUGCUUUGAGUGCUGCAUCAAAUGUUUAGGCGGAGUGCCAUAUGCGUCGCUGGUGGCUACAAUCCUCUGCUUCUCUGGCGUUGCUCUGUUCUGUGGAUGUGGCCAUGUGGCUCUCACUGGCACAGUGACCAUCUUGGAAACCCACUUCUCCAAGGUCACCAGUGAUCACGCUAUGCUGACUGAUGUAAUACAGCUGAUGCAGUAUGUCAUCUAUGGCAUUGCUUCAUUUUUCUUCCUGUAUGGGAUCAUUCUGCUGGCUGAGGGCUUCUACACAACCAGUGCUGUAAAGGAACUGCACAGUGAGUUCAAGACCACCAUCUGUGGACGCUGCAUCAGUGGAAUGUUUGUGUUUCUCACAUACAUUCUGGGUGUGGCCUGGCUCGGUGUGUUUGGCUUUUCGGCUGUGCCAGUUUUCCUCUUCUACAACAUGUGGUCUACGUGUGCGGCCAUGCGAUCUCCCAUAGCCAACCUCACCAACAUUGACUCCAUCUGCGUGGAUGUUCGUCAGUACGGAAUUAUUCCAUGGAAUGCCACACCAGGCAAGGCCUGUGGAUCUACGCUAGGUGACAUCUGCAACACCAGUGAGUUCUACCUGUCUUAUCACCUGUACAUCGUAGCAUGCGCCGGGGCAGGAGCCACUGUGAUCGCUCUGCUGAUCUACAUGAUGGCUACCACUUAUAACUUUGCUGUUUUGAAGUUUAAGAGUCGAGAAGACUGCUGCACUAAGUUUUAAACUGUUUUAGGAGCACGGUACAGAUUAGAGACAGUUGCCACUGACAACAAAUGAACUAAAAAAAACCUGAGAAUAGAAAAAUCAACAUCUCUCCAUUAGUAAUCAUAUGAAGUGUAAAUAGCUGACUGUAUGCUUCAUUUAGCAUUUGGCAUCCGGGGUUAUUGCUUGUCCGAGGACACCUGAUGAAAGUUGUCUUUAGUUUGGGGGGGUGUUUAGUUGGCUGGUUUGUUCUGCUUUCCUUGGCACUCAAUUUUAGAAAUGUGUCACCAUUAGAUUUUAUUGAAAUGAACACCGCUAGAAAUCCACAACAGUGUUAUUUAUAUUCAUAAUGCGUAAAGCUGCUUUCGACCUGCAUAAAAGUAGUAUUUCAAAAGAUUUUUUAAGACUGACAGUAUUUAGCAUGCAGUACAUAGUCACUUUCUUGCAUAACAGGACAAGCAUCAGUUGACCUCAAUCAGAGCUGUAUUGCAAAUUUGUGCACAAACUCCUGAGGCACUAUUCUAUAUCAUUAAUGUUGCGCAGGUUGUAACACACACUUUUAAAAAUGAUUUAAACUGGAAAUGAGACCAGCUAGACAUACACUGCACCACGCCCACAUAGAACACCUUUAAUAUUUGUCAUCAGAUGUCUUCUUUAUACUGCAUAAAGAGGACAUCUGAUGACAAAUAUUAAAGGUGUUCUCAGGCUUUGAUUUAAUUGCCUGAUUAGCAGGUUUGGUGAGGAUGAAUUCUAGUGAUACAUCUGUAAAAGAAUGAGUUAAAGAGGCAAACUGCCUGUAUUGCCUUAUAUUUCUUUGGUUAUCUUUCCUUAGUCUUCAAAUUUUGGUGCCGACCCAUGAAACUAUGAAGUGUUACAUGGAAAAUAUUCAGUAUUAUUUCUUUUUCACAAGUUAGAUUCUAAACUGAACUAAAAACCUUUCAUCAACUCUAUUCUGCUGAUGAGUAUUAUGGUGACCAGUGUUUUUUGUAGAUUUCAGAGUAACCGCACAUAUCUACGUAGAACAGCACACUAUGAAGGGUUAGGCCAGUACCAGGGGUAUACUUCUGCAUGAGGCCCUAAGCCUUACUUUAAUUUCAUGUAUUUUAUAAAUAAAAAAAUAAAUUCUCCUAUUUUAGAGUAGAGUAAAUGUAUUUUUUUCUAUGAGGGCCGAUGCUGAUAUAGCCUCAGCUAUGAAGUUGAUGUUUUGUUUCCUCCAUUUUUCCUUUUGUUCCUUCUUAAAGUGCCAUCAAAGAGCCAUUUGUUUUUAUCUUAACACUGAGCCUGCAUGCUUACAUUUUUUUCAGAUUCUUUGAUCUGUUUAUAGUUACUUAUACUCCAUAUUUCAUAUAUUUAAUUUUCUCUUAAGUUUUUGAAGACUGUAGCUUUUACUUUCUAUAUAAAAUAAACAAUCUUUGUUUACAAAAGUAUCCCUACUUGGUCUAUUUCUUAUCAAUCGUACAGCAGUGUAAUACUGAACUGCAUAUGGAUCAGUGUCAGAUUCACAACAACUCAUGCUUUGCACUAACCUCAAGCUUUUACAGCUGCAUAAAACUUGCAUGCACAACCUUUGGCACUCUUUCUCUUCUCAUUCUCACGUCUAAAAAGUGUUCUGUAGUAUUUUGCAUAGCAAGAUAGUAACCUAACUCCAGAAUUAGUAAUGAUUGUAACAGUAAUGUUACAAUAAUUGUCUUUUUGAGAUAGUCACCCUUUUUUGUUAAAUCUUUUUAAAAGCAUAACUUUAUCUGUUUGUCUGUGAUGUGUAGCUCUGACUCCUGUAGCUUGCUUUGCAUCUUUGACAUGCUCACCGGCCAUCCACCUCACCCUUCUCUUCCAGAUCCACUUCCUCAUGAUUCUCUCAGCAAACUGGGCCUACCUUAAGGAUGCCAGUCAAAUGCAUGCCUACCAAGACAUCAAAAUGAAGGAGGAGCGGGAGCUGCAGGACAUCACCUCACGCUCAAAGGAAUGCCUCAAUUCCUACACAUAAGGAUAUUAUACACUCACAAUCCACACACAAGUAAAGACACAUAGACACUGUGGCCAACCACUGUGGCCCCUUUGGACCAAGACAACGCUCCUCUACAAUAACCUGCCAACUGCCGUGACACUGUGCAGAACUAACCAGGCUCCUAACAAACUAAUGCAUCAGUGUUGCUUUCUGCACUAACUCACCAAGAAGUGUUUUGAAACUGCUACUUAAAAUUUCAUUUCUAUUUUUGUGAAGGAAAAAGUCAGUAUUUGAAUUCUGAUAUUCAUGUAGUGUUUGAUUUCCUCUAGCUCUUUUUACAGCCAGUUUUUUGCUGACAAUGCUUGAGACAUUGCACUAUUCUUAUACAACGCAUAAAGAUGCCUUGUUUGUGUUACGGUCUUGCUCUGUUUUUCUUUUGAGCUGUGGUGGCCAGUUUUCAACAAGGGACUGCAAUAUUUUGUUUGCUUUUUUCCCCAAUCAAAACUGCGGACUAAUUAUACACAACGUGAAAGGCCUUACAUUCAGAGUUAACAUGACAAUUCUAGAUUGCAUGUCAGAAUCAAAUUAUAAUGACACAACAUAAUGAUAUUGACACAAGACUGUCACGUCACAAGAUGUUUUUUUUCCUUUGAAAUAGGAAAAAGGUCAAAUCUACAAUGUGGACCCAGUAGUUCUGUUGUAUUUGGUGGUAUUUAACUGCAUCUUAAUCCCAGUGUUUAAUCAUUUGGUUCUAGAUUUUAAUUGUACAGCUACUAAGUCAUGCAGAAUAUUCAUGGCCCAUAAUAACACAACCCCAGGUGUGCAUUAAAGGCUAUGGAACAAUUUUCAUGAAGAAACACUUCUCCUUUGCAAAACUAUGGUUUGAAGAUCCUACUAUAAUCACACACACCGGGAGCUCCUCUACACGACAUUAGCUUAGGGUUUAAUCUUUGUGGAUAAUGCCAUAAGAAUAACUAAUUUGCUUAAUGCAAACUGUUGUGGAAAAACCUACAGAACUUAAGGUGUGAAAAAUGUCAACUUGUUAAAAGUCAGAAUUUUUAGAGUUUUCUUAUUUUUCAAGAUAAAACCACUUAAUUUGUGUUCUUAAUUUUCUAUUAUUGCACCAGUUUUGUCAUAAUGCCGACAAAAUUACUCAUGUAAUCUUUUAUUUCUAUUAGUUUAGUUACAGAGAUACGUUCUUUGUUGCAUGAAGACAACUGUUUCUGCAGUGACACGUGAUGUACAGUCAUGUAUAUGGACAUAAACAGUAGGCAGUGUUUGCCUGUCUACUUUUUUCUAAUUAAAUACAAAAUAAUCCAUGUUUUUGUAGCUGAUUAGUUGUGGGUUUUUUAGGUUCUUUCCUUUAAAGUCAAAAGUAUACAUGUGUUAUAUUAUUUUCUUGCUUGAUAGUAUACUUGUGUUGUCUAUGAAUGUCAAGGGCUUCCUCGUGAAUAUCUGAUGUUUAACAUUUAAAUAAACUUUUAAAUAACUAAAUGCAACACCAGUCAUUUAAAAAA